CGCGGUUCGAUUCAACCGUUCAGUCGCGUCGGUUCGCGAUCGUUACCCUCGAAGAGGAACGUCCAACGAGGACGGAACAAUACCAUACACGAAGUGAACAUACGAGGAGAUGGCCGUUGGUUUGGUAGACACGAGAGAAUGGGAAACAUUGUUGGAGAUUCGUCUGUGAAUAUCUGCCGUAUCUUCGAGAACGAUUGACCCACCUUUCGAGUAUUUUUAAUUCUUGUCGAAGAACUGCGUUCAACGAACCAGUAGCUGAAACUUCGAGAGAUCGCUUUCAAGGUUCGAGGUAAAAAUGGAGGACAACAGUCGAGGCGAGAGUUUGUGCAAAGUCUGCGGCGACAAGGCUUCUGGGAAACAUUACGGUGUACCGAGUUGCGACGGGUGUCGCGGAUUCUUCAAGCGGUCGAUCCGCAGGUAUGCAAGGAACUUGGACUACGUGUGCAAGGAAAACGGUCGUUGCAUCGUGGACGUUUCGCGGCGAAAUCAGUGCCAGGCAUGUCGUUUCACCAAGUGCCUCCAGGUUAACAUGAAACGAGAUGCGGUUCAACACGAAAGGGCUCCACGAAACACCUCGUCGUUGGUGGCGGCAGCGAGGAGAGGUCCUGCAGGUCUCUACUCUGGAAUCUCGCACGUUUACCAUGCAGCGAGCAAUCCUUAUCAUCCCCUUCUGUAUCCUGCGCUGUUCCCUUUCAAGCCAACGGUGCCAGCAUUCACGCCAUCGGUUGCACACUUUUUGCCACGGUCGCCAACAGAACCAAUAACAGUGACCGCCGCCAAGGAGGACGAAGUUACGAGCUCCGAGGAAGCUGGAACGUUGGACAGUAGGAUUGAAACAAAGGAGGAACUAGUGAGCACUCGAUUAGCACCACCGAUCGUCAACUCCGCGUCCUCGGAGUAUAUCACCAAUUUCUCAAUUUUACCCACGGAAAAUAUCUAUGAAUUCGCCGCGAAGUUACUUUUCUUUGCUGUCAGAUGGGCGAGAAGCAUUCAUUCUUUCUUACAAUUGCCAUACAGAGACCAGACGAUUCUACUGGAGGAGUCCUGGAGCGAGCUUUUCGUGUUGACAGCGGCGCAGUGGAAUUUCCCUGUCGAGGAAACCGCUUUAGUGCCCAGCGACUUGUCGCCAGACAGGAAGGAAGCGCUCGUCGACGAGGUGAGAAGGUUGAAGGAGUUAUUGGGAAAAUGCGCCCUCCUCAGGGUCGAUCACUCGGAGUACGCCUGCCUCAAGGCUAUCGUUCUCUUCAAAGGAGAAUCUCGAGGGCUCUGCGAUCGAGGAAGGGUAACAACCCUUCAAGAGCAAACGGUGGCCGUGUUCUGCGAAAGGGAUGCUCGUAGGGUUGGGCGUCUGUUGCUGCUGUUACCCCCAGCUCGUGCACUCUGUCGAUCAACCCUGCAAGAAUUGCUAUUCAAACCAACUGUAGGUGAUGUCAGUGUGGAACGAUUGCUGGGCGACAUGGUCAGCGCCCUGAGGCCGACAUAACGCGACUUAUAGUCGAUUCCUGCUCUAUCCAUACGAGGUUCAUCCAGUGAACGAGCAAUUUUUCCUUAAAAAAUGUUCCAAACGCGCAAUUGAAAUACUUUCUUCGAGCGUACGAUUCCUUCCAUUGAACGUGGGUCAAAGUUACCUUUGUCACUUCUACCAAACGAUGAAUUUUUUAUCGUAACAAUAAAUUCGACUAUUAUCUAGUCGUUGAAAAAGCAUUUGAACCGCAGCUUCGAUGGAAACGUACGCAAAGUAGUUUCGCGUUAGUCGCGUAUUAAUAGUAUUACAUUAAAUCUAGUCAAUUGUUUAUUACAUGUAUUGUAAACUAGGGCUAUCGAGUUUGAUUGCGUAUCUGUGAAUAC